AUGCAUCAUACUGUUCGAAUACGUGAUUUAUCACCGGUACCUGCAAGUCAAACCGGCCAUCGGAAAGGACCAUCGCAAGUAUCCACCAACCAUUGGAUAGAAGCUGUGGACAAACUCUGUUUGAAAUCGCCAUCGGAUCGUUACAAAGUUCAGUAUUGGUCUGAGAACGGACCACACACACAUGCUGACCAUUCUGGUCAUCCAGUAUUUGAAGCCUUUUAUACUGCCUAUUGUAAUCAUGAAGAUAUCAUUCUUUCACCUGAUGAUAUCUGGCUUAUGAUUACUAUCUACUAUGCUAAAUAUGUCGAUGAGAAUGCUGAACAACUACGAUCAUUGUUUGUUGAUCACGAAGGAAAGAAGACACUUGAAAUCUUCAUACCAUCUGAAACACCUGACUGGCCUACGUUUCUUGAAGAAAUGAAAUCAAAAAUUGGAGAAAAUGUAAAGAAUGAUGUAGUGGAAGUUCUACAAUCGGCUUAUUCAACAACGGGUCAAGUCGAAUCACUCUUGUCCUGUGCCUGUAUUAUGCAUACAUUCAAGAAAUAUUUUGAUUAUCGUCAUAUCUACUAUGGAUGUGGCAUACGAAAUGUACAUUUUCUAGGCACCUUGGCUGAUUGGCAACUUUUACGAAGCAAGGCAGAGAAACUCAAAAAUUUUACGCUUCCAAGCAAGACUUCAUCGAGCUAUCAAUACAACAGUUUUUCCGCUUACAUUGAUGGAGUAUUGCCUAUUUUAGAUGAAUUUAUUCAAACCUAUCAGGGUCAAGUUGACAAUAAAUUUUGGGAUCAAAUUUUUGAUUAUACACAUGUGCAGAAGAGAGGUGGAUCCGGAAUGAUUUUAGGAGAAGUGCCAGGUAUUCGUGGUUGGUUUCUUCGUUUAUGCUGUGGAUUUCACCACUCUGAAGCAAAAGUAGAAGCAGAGAAACUUCGACUGAAUGCUAUCUCGGUACCGGUUACUUUAAUAAAUCUUACCACUAAGCAAAAGUCUUCAUGUUAUGUCGCCGGCGGUUUCCAUGGCGUUCAUUCGCAAGAUGGAAAACAUAAACCUGUCAUCAGCUUAUCGGUUAUCGAAGAUACUAAACCACAAGAAGAACUCUCUUCUGAUCUUUUGGAUCUUUUAAACGAUGCGAUGGAAUGA